GCGGCGGCGUGGGCCGUGGGCCGUCAGGGCAGCCCUGAAGGGGCCCCCUCCCCACUCCGCUCGAGUAGAAGUGUGAGAGAGCCCAGCAGGACUCAGAGGGGAGAGUUGGAGGAAAAAAAAAAAAAGGCAGAAAAGGGAAAGAAAGAGGAAGAGAGAGAGAGAGAGUGAGAGGAGCCGCUGAGCCCACCCCGAUGGCCGCGGACGAAGUUGCCGGAGGGGCGCGCAAAGCCACGAAAAGCAAACUUUUUGAGUUUCUGGUCCAUGGGGUGCGCCCCGGGAUGCCGUCUGGAGCCCGGAUGCCCCACCAGGGGGCGCCCAUGGGCCCCCCGGGCUCCCCGUACAUGGGCAGCCCCGCCGUGCGACCCGGCCUGGCCCCCGCGGGCAUGGAGCCCGCCCGCAAGCGAGCAGCGCCCCCGCCCGGCCAGAGCCAGGCCCAGAGCCAGGGCCAGCCGGUGCCCACCGCCCCCGCGCGGAGCCGCAGUGCCAAGAGGAGGAAGAUGGCUGACAAAAUCCUCCCUCAAAGGAUCCGGGAGCUGGUCCCAGAGUCCCAGGCUUACAUGGACCUCCUGGCCUUUGAGAGGAAACUGGAUCAAACCAUCAUGCGGAAGCGGGUAGACAUCCAGGAGGCUCUGAAGAGGCCAAUGAAGCAAAAGCGGAAGCUGCGUCUUUAUAUCUCCAACACUUUUAACCCUGCGAAGCCCGAUGCUGAGGAUUCUGAUGGCAGCAUUGCCUCCUGGGAGCUGCGGGUGGAGGGGAAGCUCCUGGAUGACGUACGUCCUGGCCCAGCCCGCCCGCUCCCAACUCAUUCUGCCCCGACGGUCCCUGUUCCGCCCCCACGGUCCGUUCCUCUCCCACAGCCCAGCAAGCAGAAGCGGAAGUUUUCUUCCUUCUUCAAGAGUUUGGUCAUUGAGCUGGACAAAGACCUUUACGGCCCUGACAACCACCUAGUGGAGUGGCACCGGACGCCCACAACGCAGGAGACGGACGGGUUCCAGGUGAAGAGGCCGGGGGACCUGAGUGUGCGCUGCACGCUGCUCCUCAUGCUGGACUACCAGCCUCCCCAGUUCAAACUGGAUCCCCGCCUGGCCCGCCUGCUGGGCCUGCACACACAGAGCCGCUCAGCCAUCGUCCAGGCCCUGUGGCAGUACGUGAAGACCAACAGGCUGCAGGACUCCCACGACAAGGAAUACAUCAACGGGGACAAGUAUUUCCAGCAGAUUUUUGACUGUCCCCGGCUGAAGUUUUCUGAGAUUCCCCAGCGCCUCACAGCUCUGCUAUUGCCCCCUGACCCAAUCGUCAUCAACCACGUCAUCAGCGUGGACCCGUCGGACCAGAAGAAGACGGCAUGCUACGACAUUGACGUGGAGGUGGAGGAGCCACUGAAGGGGCAGAUGAGCAGCUUCCUCCUGUCCACGGCCAACCAGCAGGAGAUCAGCGCUCUGGACAGUAAGAUCCAUGAGACGAUUGAGUCCAUAAACCAGCUCAAGAUCCAGAGGGACUUCAUGCUAAGCUUCUCCAGAGACCCCAAAGGCUACAUCCAAGACCUCCUCCGCUCCCAGAGCCGGGACCUCAAGGUGAUGACAGAUGUGGCAGGCAACCCUGAGGAGGAGCGCCGGGCUGAGUUCUACCACCAGCCCUGGUCCCAGGAAGCCGUCAGCCGCUACUUCUAUUGCAAGAUCCAGCAGCGCAGGCAGGAGCUGGAGCAAUCCCUGGUUGUGCGCAACACCUAGGAGCCCUGUGAACGAGCGCCGCUGGGGGCCUCAGGCCCUGCCCUGUCCCCUAGGGCUCCGCCAUCACUCCUGACGCCUGGCCUCGCCUCUCGGGUGAGGCAGGGACUGGAUUAAAGGUCAUUCACCUGAUAA